GCGCCUUCGCGUUUGCUGCCUGCGCGCGUCUCCAAGGAUGAGAAGAUGCUUGGAUGCAUUUCGUUCACGACCUCGUUUUUAAAUCAACUAAUAGAUGUAUAUAUUUAAUAACACUUGUGUCUCUUUGCUCCAUUUUCUUUUUUGUGGAUUCCCGUUUUAAUUAAUUAACCUGCUAUUAUUCGCGUAUGUUGCCCCCUCGUUGCGUUUCCUCUGCGGAAGACGAGAACAAGAGCCGAGCUCAUUGCCGUGGCGUGGAAGCGAGCGAAUCAAUUUAGGGAAGAGAAAAGAGAGAUAGAAGGAGAGAGGUUGGGAAAACGACGAGAAGAGAGAGAAGGAAAGGAGAGAAAACGUCGACCAAACGCCGCAGCAACUAAAACAUAAAGAAGUGAGGAUCAAACUUCACUGAGACAUGCCAUUCAAGAAACAUUCAUUUUUUAUUCAAAUGAUUGUCAUGGGAACUAAGUGUACAUAUUUCUAAAAAAGAAAUACAUGCACAAAUUCAAACAGACACAAGAAAACUAGAAUGAGGAAACAUUAAUGAUAGAUCAAGAGAACAUUUAAUUUGGCAUCAAUCUGUCAAUUUAGUAAAAUAGUCAUUUAGACUGUUUCCUGCUAUGGAGGGGUAAAAAUGAACACAAAGACAACAAAUUAAUGAUCUUCUACUGGAAGUGACUUAAUCAAUAUAAUAGAAAUAGGGGGUGGGUCAUGACCCAGUUGCCAUGCGUGUUGUCAUGGUGACCAGCCCCUCUUCCCCCUCCCCCCUCCUCUGGUUGGUCCAGUUUUUGUUGUGGUUCCACCACCAUGGACCUCAGCUGACAGAGGCUGCGCCCCCAUGCCCUAGCCCCUGUACCUGCUCCAAUCAGGCCAGCCGUGUCAUUUGUACAAGAAAGAGUUUAGAUGGGGUACCAGAAAGCAUUUCUGAGAACACGAGAUACCUCAACCUACAAGAGAACACAAUUCAGGUGAUAAAGUCUGAAACCUUUAAGCACCUGAGGCAUUUGGAAAUCCUGCAGCUCUCCAAGAACCAUAUCCGACAGAUAGAGGUGGGGGCAUUCAAUGGCCUCCCCAACCUCAACACGCUGGAGCUCUUUGACAACCGUCUCACAGUGGUGCCAUCCCAGGCCUUUGAGUAUCUCAGCAAGCUAAGGGAGCUAUGGCUACGGAACAACCCCAUCGAGACCCUGCCAGCCUUCGCCUUUAACCGCGUUCCUUCGUUGCGCCGCCUUGAUCUCGGAGAGCUGCGCAAGCUGGACUACAUCUCCGAGGCCGCCUUCGAGGGAUUGGUCAACUUGCGUUUCCUGAACCUGGGCAUGUGCGGGCUGAAGGACAUCCCCAACCUCACCCCCUUGGUUCGACUGGAGGAGCUGGAGCUGUCCGGAAACCAGCUGGGAAUCGUGCGACCCGGCUCCUUCCAGGGUCUGGUGUCCCUCCGCAAGCUGUGGCUCAUGCACUCCAGGGUGACGGUGAUCGAGCGCAACGCCUUCGACGACCUCAAGAAUCUGGAGGAGCUCAACCUGUCCCACAACUCCCUGCACAGCCUGCCACACGACCUCUUCACCCCCUUGCACGUGUUGGAGAGGGUCCACCUCAACCACAACCCCUGGGUGUGCAACUGCGACGUGCUGUGGCUCAGUUGGUGGCUGAAGGAGACGGUGCCCAGCAACACCACCUGCUGCGCCCGCUGCCACGCCCCUCCGGGCUUGAAGGGCCGCUACAUCGGCGAGCUGGACCAGAGCCACUUCACCUGCUACGCCCCCGUCAUCGUGGAGCCGCCCACCGACCUCAACGUCACCGAGGGCAUGGCGGCCGAGCUGAAAUGUCGCACCGGGACCUCGAUGACCUCUGUCAAUUGGCUCACCCCGAACGGUACCCUCAUGACACACGGGUCAUACCGAGUCCGCAUCUCGGUUCUGCAUGACGGAACCCUGAACUUCACCAACGUGACCGUCCAGGACACCGGCCAAUACACCUGCAUGGUGACCAACUCCGCCGGUAACACCACGGCAACCGCCGUCCUCAACGUGUCCGCCACUGAUCCCAGCAACAGCUACAGCUACUUCACUACCGUCACCGUGGAAACCGUGGAAACGGUACAGGAGGAAAAUUCAGCCAGACAGUACAUCAACGAGACUUUCAUCGAAUUUCCAGGUCCUACAAUGCCAGGAGGGGUACUGGGCGAGGGUAGGUCUGGUGUCACCAUAUCGCCCUCCCUCUCCUCACUCUCCUCCUUGUCUCCACGAGCCACUAGAGGCACCGAGAAAGCAGUGACUGUGUCCAUUAUGAACGUUCCAAACAUACCUGGCCUGGAUGAUGUCAUGAAGACCACCAAGAUCAUCAUCGGCUGCUUCGUGGCCAUCACGUUCAUGGCAGCCGUGAUGCUGGUGGUCUUCUACAAGCUGAGGAAGCAGCAUCAGCUGCACAAACACCACGGCCCCGCCCGAGCCAUCGAGAUCAUCAAUGUGGAGGAUGAGAUUGGAGCCGGGGCAGGAAGUGGAAUCUCAGGGGGUUCUACUAUGAAUUCCGGCUGCGGGGGAGAAGGAACCUUGAGGAUACAUCACCCGGAGAUAGUCAACCUUCCUAACAUCGGUCGAUCGGAUCAUCUCAACCACUACUAUAAAGCCCAUCAUUUCAACAACAACGUAAUGGGUCUGAGUAUUGGAUCCGGGGAAGGAGCUGGAUCGGGGGGUAUCCUUAACAAUAAGAAUCCAUCUCAAAUCAACCAGCAAGGUCAAGAAAUCCCCAUCUCUUGUACUCAAGUGCCCAUCUCCACAUCUGGCAAUGGCAUCAACCUCAGUUCUGUGUCUCCACCCCUGCCAAUGUCCCUCCCGAUGCCCACUAUGGGAAUACAUGGAUCUCUCAAGGGUUUCAUGGGCCAGAACCCCAAUCCACAAAUGGAGCCUCUUCUUUUCAAAGGAAACUCAAAGGAAAACGUUCAAGAGACUCAAAUCUAAGAACGAGAGAGAGAAGAGAGAGGGUAGUGAGAGAGAUAGAGAGAGGAAGAGAGAGAGGGAAAGAGAGAGAGAGAGAGAGAGAGAGAGAGAGAGAGAGAGAGAGAGAGAGAGAGAGAGAGAGAGAGAGAGAGAGAGAGAGAGGAGAGAGAGAGAGACGGGGGAAAAGACAGAGAGGGGAUUGAUGGCUGGUUUAUGCCCUCAACGAUUAGACACUAGAGUGCAUUGACAUAACUCCAGGAGAGAGGAUAGACUGACACUGCAAUACACAAACACAUAGACUGGUCUGCGACUGAGCACUGAGCCAAGGAUUACAACAAUGGGCCACUUGUGUUUGUAGUAACGAUCAAGGCAAUGGAGUUAAAAGAAUGGACGUCGCUACAAUGUAAAUCUGUGCCAAAGCAAAUGUUUCUUGCGGUUUCUACAAGUUGUAUUCACAUAGGAAAAGAGUAGCCUUUCCAAGUACUGUAGCUCAAUCCCCAAGUCUUUGUUGACCAGUCAGGACUCGUGACAUGCACAGCACUUACCACACUGAAGAAGACAUUACAGGACAAAAUAGGAGGAGAUUUCUCUUCCUUCACAGAAAAUACUUGUGCCAGACACUCUCUCUCAUGUGAACUAAAGAGUAUCCCUCGAGGUGACUAUGAUGUAGGCAGAAGUAGAGGGACACUAAGGUACAGAGCAGUACAAACUACUGUGAAAAAUCCACAAAUUAUAUAAAUAUAUUUUCAUUUGAAUAUGUAACAUUGCAGACUCCAAUGCAGAGAUAUUUUGGGGGAUGUAAGAGCUGGUAUAGUUGUUUUUUUCUGUGUGAAUAAUCAGGGGCGGUAAUUGUGAAGGUUGGUUAUAUGAUGUAUAUGUUUUGAGUUUGGCUACCACUCAAAAACAUAAGGGCUCAAUUGCAACACUCAUUGUGAAUCUUUGAAUUGGCUGCGUGGCAUAAACACAACUCCAUUAAUGUUGUAGAAUGGAAUGGAGGACCAACAAUUGUCUUUCUGACCAACUUUGAUCUGUGUUUCACUUCUUCAACAGUAAUCAUAACAGACUUAAAUCACAGAAAAGUUUGUUUUCUUUACAGAGUAUUCUCUGUCUUUGAAAAUAGCCAGGUACUUAUUUCUUAAAAUGACAGCUCUGAUACAUACUGUAUGCCAGCAACAAAGUAAGGUGAAACUAUUUUGUGAAAACACAAACAUUGAGGUCACCUAAUGCAAAGAACUAUAUGGGCACAGGGAAGUGUUGACAAUGUGUUAUUCGAAGCAGAUCAGUUGUCAGAUAUUUGCUUUAAGUGAGGAAUUUGAUAUUGCCUCAUUGCUAAUGGUUACCGUGAUCAUGCCAUUAAAUGCUAUCAUAAGGACAAUGAAAUGUCUUAACAGUGGUAUUCAGAGAGUAUUCUACAUCCAUCUUGGUUUAGUGGAAUGGAAAUGUAUAAUAAUAGUAAUGUUUGGUUGUAUGACAAAUGUAAGAUCCACAUUUUUACAAUGUAACUUUCAUAUGUUAAUGCCAUUUACGCUACUUGCGUUUCAACAAUGUAUUCAUUUAUUUUGUUAGUUUGAUAUAAUGUGUACAGUUGUCUAGCCAUGUAUCAUUAAGUGUGAAAUAAAUCAGUCAUAUAUUGGGUCGUGGCGGUCACUGGCAAAAAACUGACAGACUUUUAAAGAGUGAAGCAGUUUAAUACAGGUUUGGAUUUUAACAUUUGGUUGGGUGUAGAAUAUGAUUCACCUGUGUGUAAUACUAUGGUAAGAUAUGUUCUGUAAAAUGCCUACAGUACGGUAUGAAAGGGUUUUAGUCAUGCCUAUAUUGAGGUACUGCUGGCAACAUGCAACUUCUAAAAAGACUACAAUUUAUGCCGACCUUACCAUUCAUGUCAUGGUUUAACAGGGAACCUAAAAUGUUUGUUGCAAUUGAGCACAAACUGGAAAAGCAAACAUAUUCCAGUGAACCGGCCUGUGAAAAUGAGAUUGGGGAUAACCUGUGAUGCUAGCUCUUGUAUAUGAGAUUCUGUUGCAUCAACAUGCUGCUCUAUGUAAUUAGAGAUCAAUCCACUCAGAAAUUGUUUUUGUUGCACCCCUCUUUCAAUGCAGCUCAAACUUUCUGUGCCAUUGUGUUGAGUGGGUGAGCUUGGGCCUUUCCAUUUAUAACGAAGCCACAGUGAGUAGUUAUAAUAACGACAACCAACAUCAACACUAGCAACAACUACCAAAACAAGAACCUUCAGCCCCACCACAACACCGACAAUAAUAACAGCAUCAAUGAUAAUGACAACAAACAUAUCAAAAACAGCACUGAGUUUUAAAACCAUUUCAGUAUUUGUAAUUCAAGAUGCAUUCAAUUACUAUCUUUACUUAUGUUUGUAGUCUAACAUAUAGAUAGUAGAGAUAAACUAUUUAAGUUUGAUAAAUAGGACUGAAUGUUUGAAAGGAACAUGCAGAACAUUAGUUAGUCAUAACUCCUUCUGAUCUGGAAAAGAGGUGUUGUCCAUGCACUCUGGUCAGUUUGUUAAUUAAUUACAGACCGUUAGACGUAAAUGAAGGAUUAACCACACGAUCAAAUGGGAUCACUGAUUAAUGAUAUAACUCAGGAAGUGUUCAAACAAGAUGGUCUUCUACAUUUUACCUCAGUGUAAUUGGCUAUGGAUCUCCUCAGAAAUGAUGAGUGUAUAUUAUAGUAAUGUUGUGGUCCCAUAGACACUUCUCCUGGGCAGAGUUCAACUGUUCCCCCACAGAGACGCUACUAGAAUAUAAAUGACGGGUAAAAAGGCAGCAUAUGGCCGCUCUGUCAAUGUGCUACAUUUGGUAACUGUGCCGUAAGAUUUCAAAGAGCAUAUUCAAUACCUCAGAGCACACCAUGUUUGAGAAUAAAUGGCUGCCCGCAACAGCAUAACAAGUGUUUCUAUUAUCAAACUUUGGUAAGUCUUUUUUCUGAUGAACAAAAUGUUGGUUUACUGUAAUGUUCCUUUCAACUCAUUUGUCAAAAUGUUUUCAAAAAAAGCAUAUUAUUAUAAUUCUUAUUUUAUUCUUAUUCUUCUUAUUAAUGAACACGAUAAAGAAAGUACGCAAUGGGAGCCACUAUAAUCACAAAAGGAUGUCGCCAUUCAACAACACCAGGGAAGAUCAAACUGGCUUAUCUUGGUCCUCCUGACUGUACUUCACAACAUAAUAUAAUGCUGCUUAUUGCCUUGAUGUUGCAACAGAUGGAGAGCCUGUCAUUUGUACCGCCCCUUUCUAAAACAGGAGGCCCCAUCCCAGAUGUCUUUUUUUAUUUGAAGUAAAAUUACUUCGAAUGUGGAUUUAUCUGAACUUCGCAAAGAAAUUGCAAGAAAAUGAAAUGGAAUAUUUUAAAUGUGAACCAUGGACUGACCUUUUGGUAGUUUAAAAGGUAAGAUACAGUAUUACAUUUGAGAAAAGUGAAAACAUGAACUUAUUUGGAAAGCUUUUUAAAUGAACUGAGAGAAUGAUGUUAAGCUAUAGAACACGUAUAGAUUUCUUUAAAUGCAAAAUAAUAAUAAAAUGGCAUUUUUGUGUUCA